AUGGCCAGACACACUUAUCCCGCUGUUAAACUUCCCCAUCCCUUCCUCACCGCCUAUCAAGUGCGCGCCGUCGACAACGCAACUCCAACAAAGCGUGUACUGGCUUUGCAAGAUCAGCCUGCUGCCGGCAAACCCUUAUCUGAGCCUCUACACCUCGAUUCGCUUUCAUGGCGUGAUCUGACCUACCGCCCUAAGGAGGAGCAACCUCCCUCCAACAACAACACCGCCUGGGGCCGAGCCCGCCGCAGCCCCGAGACCAUCUUCCAAUGGACUGAGGAUACUCCCUCCCUGGGUCAAAUUUGGAGUAUCGUCCACGCGAUCUACCUAGCCUACCCUACAAAUGAGUACUUCCGCGUGACUCUGGACGGAAGAGGCAAAGAGACAUUGCGAAGCGAACUGCUCGCGACCGGCCUAGCUGUUGAGCACCCCAAGCCAUUCGGUUCUAAGGAGAUCGCAUCAGAGCAAGCAGAGGAACUGCUGAUCCUGCGCAGCUCAUUCUGGCAAGGCGCCGCCUCACCAGCCGGUCCACGUCCGAUCUGGGCUGCCGGCGAUGGAAUCGACGGACCUGCCCGCGAGUCAUUGGCCCGGUAUCCCGUUCUACCAGAGAACUACCACUUCACAAACAAGUUCCCUGAAGAGCCCGUGUACACCCGGCACCCCAUUCGUCGGCCCAAGCCCGCACCUGGCUCUAUCGCAUACAGUCGGUACAUCCCCGAGAUUGACGAGCACUUCUCUUUGGAGGUCGUCAAUUGGGAGGAUGCGGAGCACUUGAAGCUUUUCAACACUUGGCAGAAUGAUCCUCGUGUAGCUAAGGGCUGGAACGAGACUGGUACAUUAGAUCAGCACCGGGAGUACCUGCGUAAGCUGCACGUUGACCCGCACGUUCUGUGCUUGUUUGGUCGCUUCAAUGACACCCGGUUCUCAUACUAUGAGCUGUACUGGGCAAAGGAGGAUCACUACGGUGCUCACUACAAUGCUGGCGACUACGACCGUGGCCGCCACUCUCUCGUCGGUGACGCCUCUUUCCGUGGUUCCCAGCGUGUGAACGCUUGGUACUCCAGCUGUAUUCACUACUGCUUCCUCGAUGACCCGCGCACAGCAAACGUCGUUGGUGAGCCUCGCGCUACGGGCUCAAUCAUCCUGUCUUAUGAGAAUGCGCAGGGUCUCACGAUCGGGUCGUACGUUGAUCUGGGACACAAGCGUUCCGUGCACUCGAUCGCCAGCCGAGAAAAAUGGUUCCAGUUAUGCCCAAUCUUCUGGGAUGGACGGGAGCGCCCGUUAGAGUCUGCUGAUCGUGCGGCUUGGAAUGCUAAGCUAUAA